CCGGGCCCCUCGGGCCACGUGAUCCCUUUCCCAUCGUCGCCAUUUUAAAGCGGUGCUCCCUGCAGAGGCAGCAGCAACGGGAGGGAGGAAAAAAGGAAAAGCAGAGCUCAUUGAGGCUCCCCUGGGAAGGAUGUUCUUGCAGUUAUGAUGGGAUGAGGAAACUCUGGUCUGGUGGCUGCAGUUUACUGCCAUGAACGUUUUCAAUUAGCUAUGGAGCGGGAACUCCCAGGGCACUUGCAAGAGAUCAACAGACAGAUGUUCAGAUCAAGGAAACUCUGCAUUGGUGCACAGGGAUGACUUCAUCCCUAAUCGCCUCUGCUAAUAGAGUGCAAGCACAGCUGAGACAAAUGUUUCAGAUAUUAUGGAAGAAGGCAACAGUAUUACAGCAGUAGUCUCAAACAUUGGGGAACCGGAAGCUGUACUGAUCUCCGAAGCAGUUGUAAGCCCAACUUCAGAAAGUGGUGAAGACCAGAGAAAGUGUAACCCUGACCCACUAAUCCAGGUCAUCCAAAAGCUAAGCAAGAUCGUUGAGAGUGAGAAGUCACAAAAAUGCCUUUUAAUAGGGAAAAAGCGCUUGCAUCCCGAUGUGUCCCUGCUGUCACUUGACUCACAAAACCUCCCAGAGAUCCCAGGUAAAACCAUUGAACUGCCUGCCCUGGGCACGAUAAAUAUAGAAGAUUAUUAUGUGACAGACUGUCCUCCGCAGAAUAAAAGGAAGGUGGUUUGCUACCAAUGCAGUCUCUGUAAAUCUCUAUCUCCCACUCUUCCUCUCUUAAAAGAACACGUGAAACAACAUGGCCAGCAGAAUGAAGUAAUACUUAUGUGCUCAGUGUGCAAUUUUGCCAUGAGAAGCCUAGAAGAGUUUGAAGCUCAUGUGAGGCAUCACCCAGAGAACAGCAGCAAAGCACACACUCUUUCAAAGGAGCAGCAGCAAUGUGCAAGUUUUCCCAGUACCACUUUGCAUGGUCCAGUGGAAGGUUUUGUCAAUGCCGGCACUGAUCAGACAGCACAGCUUCAGUCUCCCCAUCCAACGGAGAAGGGGAGGCAAAAAUGGUAUACAUACGAGCAGUAUGGCAUGUACCGAUGCUUAAUUUGCAGCUACACUUGUGGUCAGCAAAGAAUGCUGAAAACGCAUGCUUGGAAGCAUGCAGGCGAAGUCGACUGCUCAUACCCCAUAUUUGAGGAAGAAAAUGAACAGGCUACAUUGCCGGACCCUGCUGUAUCGGAUGUUCCUCGCAACGUGGAUGCCGUUGUCCUCGCGCUAGAAAAUAAUGAACUGGGUCUCUCUGGUGACCAGGCUGUUCAACUCCACAUUUGUAGCUCUGAGCAAAUGGUGUACAAAACCUCCUCAGCAGAAGAGCCUGUGAAAGAGGAGGCGCUCCUAAGUCAGUCGGCUGCUCUCUCGCCCACGGGCAAAGGAGCAGAAGAGACACUGUCAGAUACCGAUCUGGAGCAAGACAACUUGAUGACCGACAGCUUGCUUUCCUCUGCCCAAAAAAUCAUUAGCUGCAGCCCAAAUAAAAAAGGCCACGUUAACGUCAUAGUUGAACGUUUGCCGAGUGCCGAAGAGCCUGUCUUGCAGAAGCCUUACUCUAUGGACACCGACAUUGAAGCUGAGAAGAAAAUAAUCUCUGAGCAAGCUUGUGUGGCACGCGAUGGGGACGUUUAUCAUAUGGACAAAAGCUCUGUGGAACUCGAAGAAGUCAUAAUCGGAUGGAGCAGUGCGGAGAAGAAAGAUGGCGAUCUAAACCCUGGUAGAGCCAAAGCAGCGGAUGAAAACGCGCCUCCCACCAGAAGAAGAACAAAUUCGGAGUCCUUGAGGCUGCACUCCCUGGCUGCCGAAGCGCUCGUCACGAUGCCCAUCAGAGCUGCAGAGCUAACCCGGUCAAGCCUCAGAGCUUUCGCCGAGGCGAAUUCUAUAGGUUCAGAGGCUGGGCAGAGGCCAGCUGACAACAGCUACGUCACCCAUUCUAAGCUGGUGACCUCCCUUAAAACAGAGGAAUUGGCAGGCCUGAACCAAACGGACUGUGCUUUCAUGGAAAUACAGAAGGAUAAGCCAGAGCUGGCUGAAGGUCCCAUUAAAAUGGGCAUCAGCAUGUCCCUGCUCACCGUCAUUGAAAAGCUGAAGGAGAGGACAGACCAGAACGCUUCCGACGAUGACAUUCUGAAGGAGUUGCAAGACAACGUGCAGUGCCAACCUGCAGCCGACGCCAACGUGCUGGGGAGCAACCUGGUGGAAUACAUCCCCAAUGUGGAUCGCCCCUUCCGAUGCCGCCUGUGCCACUACAGUAGUGGCAACAAGGGGUACAUCAAGCAACACUUGCGGGUGCAUCGCCAGAGGCAGCCCUAUCAAUGUCCUAUCUGUGAGCACAUAGCAGAAAACAGUAAGGAUUUGGAAAACCAUAUGAUCAACCACUGCAAAACCCGAAUGUACCAGUGCAAACAGUGCGAAGAAUCCUUUCAUUAUAAGAGUCAGCUUCGAAGCCACGAGAGAGAGCAACACAGCCUUCCAGACCUCUACUCGAUGCCGCCGUCUGACAGCCUAAUAACUUGUAGCAAAGUGGAUGAAAGAGUCGGGGAUAGGAUUUCAGUCCAGAAACUUUACAGAUGCGACAUUUGUGAUUACACAAGCACAAUGUAUGUUGGUGUGCGGAAUCAUAGGCGGAUUCACAACUCCGAUAAGCCAUACAGGUGUCGAAUGUGCGACUUUGCCACAACAAAUAUGAAUAGCUUGAAGUGUCAUAUGAGGCGCCAUCCACAGGAGCACCAGGCAGUGCAGCUAAUGGAGCAGUUCAAAUGUUCGCUUUGUGGGUAUGAGUGUAGCCAUCCCCCUUCUCUCAAGUCUCAUAUGUGGAAGCACGCAAGUGACCAAAACUACAACUAUGAACAAGUGAACAAGGCUAUUAACGAUGCAAUUUCACAAAGCAGCAGGUUCCCAGGUCAGCUGACUGGGAAGGUGACCGCUGAUGGUUUAUUUCCUUUGAAAAGCAACUCGGAGGGCUUGUCCUUUUCAGACUCCUCUAACCAAACUGCUGACAAAACUGUGAAUUCUGAUGAAAAUCAGAAUCCUACUUCCACAACUAAUACCUCAUGCAAUUCAGACAAAACUGCCGGUCUGCCUCACCUUGGCACAGAAUACUGCGUCCUGCUCUUCUGCUGUUGCAUUUGUGGAUUUGAGUCCACCAACAAGGAGAACUUGUUGGACCAUAUGAAGGAACAUGAAGGUGAAAUCAUAAACAUAAUUCUGAACAAGGACCACACAGCAACUCAGAGUGUAAGAUAGGUGAUGCUGCUGCUUUAAAGGGUUUCAUAAAGUGCUGUUUUCUUGUGUUCUCUUUACAUCACCUGAACUACUUGCUAAAGUGAAAACUGUAAGUAAAAAAAUGCAGUGAUAUUUCUAACGGUUGGAAUGUUAUUUAUGUCAACAAAAAAAUGGAUUUAUUUCACAAGCUCUUGAAGUAACUGAACAGUAAAUACUCCAUUUAGGGAAAGGUCCGCUGAAACCAUUAUCCUCUACUGACAGAGCCGUUUUCAAUGCCUAUUGCUAAUCUAAAGCUUAGCCAUAUAAUAGGAAUUUCACACUAAUGUGUUACCUUAAGGGGUUUAAUCUUACUGCCUUGAAACUAUCUAAAGGGGGUUAAAUUCAUUUUAGGUAAUUUUUUAAAAACUGACAUGACUGACUACAUUUAUGAAGCAGCAUUUCCAGAAAGGGAGAGGGAGACUGAGUAACUGCUUAGGCCUUAUGGUUCCUCACUCAAUUACUGCUUCUUUUUUUAGAAAAGAUAAAAAUAUCUGUAUCUUCCUGCUGAUACAGGCAUCAUAAAAAAGUAGCAAAUUGUUUGGCUUAGGUUAUUUCUUUCAGUAUGAGAUGCUGAGAAUGUAUAAUUAAGUCUUGAUGGACCUUAAUGGUUCACCAGAACUUUCUCAUAUCUCUCUCUAUAAAAUCAGGCAUUUCAGAAUGCUAGAAGUGCCAUAACUUGGAUCAGAGUGGGUAGGAACAAGUGGUCUUAGCUAAACUUUGAAGGGAGGUUUACCUCUUUAUCAAAUAAUAUUUAACACGUCAAAAUCCAGUACACAGAAAUCUGAUGAAAACUCAGUGGAAGUUACUAGCUUACCCCAUUGUAACACUAUUAUAAAAUAGCCACUAAAACGACUUCAUUCACACUUGUUUCUCAAAAGGAGCUGUUUUCAUGCCUUCUAGAAUACCUUGAGUUCUUCUCUGUGGUUUCAAGCUUCAGGUGCUUAACUGCCAUUGACUUCAGUGGAAGUUCAGCAGCCUCCAAUGUUGUUUUUCUCUUGAAACUAGUGUUAUGUUUCAUUUGGGUGGAGCCCUCUCCCAGUUCUUGCCAUAUUGCUGCAUUUUCCUUUAUUCUGGCAGUUCAUUGCUUGUAAGCAGAUUUGUACACAGAUAUGCAUUAUUUUCAGACGGCUGCAGAACUUUAAAAAAUGUAUUUAUUAUACAUUAAAAGCUCAGCUUUCAUGGUGCUAAUUGAGUUUGGGUCACCCCCUGCCCCUCAAAAUUUCUGAACUGUGAAUUUGGACCAAUGGAAAAUAUUUUGUGUCAUUUUUAAAGAAGCUUUAAAUGUUGAAUGCAAAAAUAUUUCAAGGCAUUUUGUAGAAAAUCCAAACUAGAAUCCCUAUUAUUAUUCAAUCUGUUACUUGUUUCUAAACUAGGUGCAUUUAUAAAAAGUGAGUGCAUAAAUUCACUGUACAACAAACUGUACAACAACCAAGUUUAUUUUAAAUAUGAGAUUGAAAAUGUGGAUUGUUUUGUGUUCUUGAGAAAUAUAACAAACAGGGAGAAAUUGAGAAGGUGCUAUAUUUCACUUCCUGCUCUGAGCUCUUUAAGACUGAACAGAAUCCAAUUGGUCACAAACCUUGAUGAAAUACUUCUGGCUACUACUGUUACCUUUGUAUUCAGUCCUUGCAUAAGUAUUGUAUCCUCAACCUGAAACUUCUGAUGUGCUUAGAAACAGGAAAUUAUUGGGCAACUAUUUAAUAGCUGAGAUCAUACAAAGCGUUAUCAACAUUCCACCUCCUAUCUGUCUAUUUACUGCAAUUAGUUGAAAGCUUGGUAAAAAUUACUCGGUUUAUUUUAAAUGUUUCAUUUCAAAACCAUGGCGAAGGCUCUUUGUCACAAACCUUUACUUUGUUUUGUUUUUUUCCUUAAUGGAUCAUGCCUGUCUGUUACACUACAAGAAAAUUGUGAAACCACGAGCUUAUAAAACUAAUUAUAUUUUUAUUGAAGUUACGUAUUGAUUUUUAGGCAUGUAAAGCUUUUUGCAGGAAUACAAUAUGUGAAGAACAAUUGAAAUGAAUUGGGGAGGCCAGGCAAAGUGCAUAUGUAUUCAGAAGGUUCUUUUCUUACCAUUUUGUAUAUGUAAUCUUCCAUUACUGUGAAAUAGUAAAGGGAAGUAUUUUAUUUUUAUUUUUUUAAGCAAACUAACUAUAGUCUCAAUACUUAAAAGUUUGAUAUUACCUUCAAUUGCACAAGAAAAGCAUCCUUCAUACUGACACACUUUUUUCCAUUUUAAAGCCCAUGGGUUGCUAUCAGUUCACUCUUCAAAUUUACACACUUGCCAUGUAGCAGACUUGAGGCUGAAACCAGUUUGUUGAUCAUGUUACCUUGGAGUGUGAGCUGUUUGGAUUUAGGGAGUUUUUGUUUAGAGCACUUUUUCAGACAUACAGCAUGUCUUCCCUCUGUUUUAUGAUUUUAAAAAGAUAAAACGCAUACUGCUAACUAUAGUGUUUUAUUUCUUCCCCUCCCCCUCCCCCCCAUUUAAUUUAGGAGAAGCAGAUCCAGUGCUCUGUUCUGUUAUGGGUGAAAAGCUUCCAUUUAUACUUCUGGCUGCAAUUCCAAUAUACACUUGCUUGAGAGAUUGCAUUACACUUGCAUUAUUCCCAUAGAGAUGUGCUGUGGAUGACAUCCUAACAAUGUUCAUCCUGUUGUUCUCAAUGGGAGAAAACUUUCAAUGGAUCAGCACUGCACUUGUUUGGGCUGGUUAGGAUUAAUUUAGUGUGUGAUGCAGGCUAGUAGUAGGAAGGGCAUGAGGGCAAUGGGAUCACAGCUACCCCACUCUUAGGCCCACUGGGCAUCUAAACAUAAAGUAAUAUUUAUAUAGGACCGGCAAACACACAAUUAAAUGAUUGCAGGUCCAGAUUAUGAUCUUAUUAUUCUAGGAAAUGUUUACCUGUGUGGUUUGGGCUUUCAUGUGCUUUGGCACAUGUCCAACUGAUGGGCAUUUUGGUUGGUGUAGAGGUAAGAUUAGUAGACAGGGCAUGGGGUGGGAUGAUUCUCUUCUCUUGUUUCCCAUCCCCAUAAUCUGACCAUAUUUUAUUUUUCUUAACCAGCCCUUUGACUGUAGCAUAAGCAACUUAUUUGGAAACAUGGUGUUGGAAUCAAUGGAGCUUGCUUCCAAUUAACUGUGGCUUCAACAGCUUCACCAAUAGAGGCUGUAUUCCUUGUUCUUAGCUUGAAAAAACAUUGUGGCAUUCAGCUAGUUGCUGCAUUUUUAAAGCACUUAUUUAAUCAUUUAAAAUGAAAAUGUACAGUUGGUGCUCAAAGUAAUGUUAAAAUAUAUUUAAUAGAAAUGUGCAUUUGAUAUUCAUGGGCAUGGGUACAUAUAUUUUUUUAAGAAAAAGGAAUUGUAAUACUAUGGCACUGUUUUUUAUAGCCAAAGUAUAAAACUUUUAGAAAACUGACAUGUAAAAGACUGUAGACCUUGCAUUAUCUGACUGACAGGAUGACUUACUUUAUAAGAUACUUUCCCGCACAUUAAGCUGCAUGCCUUAAGUUCUCUCUAGGUUUGUCUUGUUUGGAAACUACGGAAGCAAACUUUGUAGUACAACUUUGACUACCUUCUGAAAUACUGUACAUUGUUAGAAUAAUUUAUUUUGCUUUACAGAAGUUUUGUCAUGUAUUGACUAAUUGUAUUUUGGUAAUAAACUCCUUUGUUAAACACA